UAGAAUUCCAAAAAUACAAUUAGGCGCAGAGAAAAACCGAAAAGAAGCACAUUUCACAAAGCAAAGACAAAACUACGCGUGUGACAUCCAAUCCGAUAACCUUCUAACAAAUCAACUUGUAAAUAUGUGAACAUGCCCCGCGGGGUAUUACCCGACCUGACCCGCGAGGAGGGGGGUAUUACCCGACCCGCAGUAGCAUGGGGCGGGGCAUGGGUAUCAACUUCUGACCCGCCCUGCCCCGCCCCGCUCCGUUCUUGGUCCGUUCUAGGUCGAUUUCUUACACCAUCUAUUCAUAUGUCUCCUAUUUUGGCUUUUCUUCAACUAGUUAGACUUGAUGUUUCAAUUAAUAAGACUCAAUUACCCAUUAUAUUAUCACUAUUAUUUAUUCAUGAAGUCUUUCUCCUUGUUUUAUUGUAAAAAGUAAAAUUUAACUUGUAUUUUUUUCAAAUAGCAUAUAAGAGUGGGUCGACCUGCCCCGUUCCGUACUCGCGCGGAUAUUACCCACCCCGACCCGUAGUAACGUGAAGCGAGGCAUGGGUAUUGAGUUACCCGUCCGCCCCGACCAUUGCCAUCACUAACCCCAAAUUGACAACCUUGUAUAGGCUAAAAAUGGCUUCUCCAUCGAUCAAUCAUUGUUGGCUUCUCCCUUGAUGAGCAGUGUUUUAGUUUCUCCCUUCUCUCCCAACUUUGUUAUUUUUUGGCUACUAGCUUAAUUUGGAAGAGUAUACUGACACUCUUCUCAGAUUCCAUCGGCCAAAGAAAUAGAAAUUGAACUUAGUGAAAUCUUCCGACGACCAUUGUCGGUAAUUUAAUACGUACAUUACAUAAUUACUCUUUACAUACUAAGAAAGCAAUUUUUUUUUAAUUUCUGAGUGAUAUAAAGAGAAGAUAAGAGUUAAACGAACCCCUAAUGCAACCACCUUACAAAGUCAAAAGACUCUAACUCUAGGAAAGACAAAAGCAGUGCUUUACGCGCCACUCUAUGGGCAGCACUGUUGGCGCCCCUAGGAACCGCCCUGAACUCUAUACCAAGAAAGCAAUCUAUUCAAUCGAUUUUGGUUGGCCUCGAUUAAAUUAAGGGUUGUCAUCGUUUGACUGAGGUCUCAACCGAAACUAAUUUGUCCAAUAAAAUAAAAAGUUUCCAAAUAUACACAAGCUCUUGUACUAGCUAUUCUUGAGCGGUAGGGACAAUCAAUCCGCAGAGAUGGGAUGACGAACUGAACUGAAUGGGAAUUCUCCCACCGUAUCUGCCGAGCCUGUCGUAUUUGCCUAUAUGAGGCAUAUCAAUGAUCAAACGAGGUCAACUUCCAGUUUGAUCGUAGGUCAACAUGAAAUUGGUUUUCAGCUUAAUCGUAGAUUUGAAUAGUUUUUUUAGUUUGAAACACAGUCUGACGUAACUCUUAUCGUGGUUUCACCGAUCUACGAUAAAGUUCGGUCGGAGUUUGAAUAGAGUAGCUUUUUGGUCACCAUGAAAAUUUUAAAUCAUCAAUAGAAUAUAAGAUUGUGGAAUUUUACCAACUUUUAGUAUUAAAAAAUCAUGUCUUCCCCUUGGUUUUCGGUAGGGGUGUAUUAGUCAUACCCAACUCUUAAACCCCGCCAUUGCUAUCUUUACGUUUCCGUUGGCAAUUAAUAGGGUAAUUUUCAAGUUUGGUCACUGAAAAUUACUAAAAAAUUCACGUUUUGUCACUAAAGUAUUUUAUUCAAUUCAUGGUUACUGAAUUGGACGGAGGCUAACGAGAGAGUGAUUAAAUGUGAUCUUUUUCAGUAAUUCGUGUGACCAAAAUGGAUAUUAAAUUUUUCUAGUAACUAAAUAUGACACGAUUUAGUAAUCUCGGUGACCAAAUGUGGCUUUUGCCACAUCUUAUAUGAUAUCAAAUUUGCAGCGGUUCACUCGAACCAAACCGUUGCACGCGCUUCCCGCCAUUGGUCGGGCAGAAAGCGACGUCGCAUUAACGGCUUUUUCCGGUUCCCUCGUUUUCCCCUUUUCCCAACUAUCUUCGCGCCUGCCCGGCUGCCCCUCAAAUCCCUAAAAUCAGUCGUCGUCGUCGCCACCGCCGCCCCAACGCUUUCCCUACGAAUCACGCCGCCGCAGCCGAGUACACAGCCGGCCGACAUCACACCAGCGAGUACCGCCGCGAACCACUCUCACAAGUGUGACUUCCGCCAUGGGGAAAAUGACGAAGUUGGGUGCCGUAGCCCCUCUGAAGAAACGAAGCAACAAAGAGCGAAUAGCGUCAAAUUCAGCUCAAAUCGCGGCGAUGUGGAAGAAAUUUGAGGAGACCGAGCGGGUGUUGGAAGCCUUUUCCCGAAGCCAGGGAUACACGUGCCCAUUGGGGCCCUUCAUGGGAGCGCUUCCUCCGUUACCGGCGGCCCCUAUAGUGGACGUAGACAGGGCGAUCGCCGAAACAGACAUGGCAAUGGCCGAACUGCAGAGGGCAAUGAAACACACGGAGAAGAGGGUGAUAGUCAUGUGCCGCAGCCUCGGGUUAGCAUUCCCAAUUGGGGCUUCUUCCAGGCGCAUGCAUCAACCCUAAGGCAGAGGAGUCAUCCGCCGAUCCCACACCUUAGUUUCUGUGCUAAGGUACUCUUCUUCCACUUUGAGCGUAGUGUUGAGUGCUGUAGUAGAUGAUUUUAGAUUAGAAUAAUGUGAUUGUUUUGUAGAUUUAGGGGGUGAAUGGAUUUGGAGAUAUUUGCAUAAAUGGUGAGAUUGAAUUGGGAGUUUUGGAAUUAAACCUAAAGAGAGAGUUGAUCGUGGUCAAAUUGGCGGGUUAUGUGAGGUAUUGAGCCGAAAGCUGAUGAUUUCUUCUUGUGGGAUGUCUUUUACUUGCUUGUAAGUUGUAAAGUCUAGAACUUGCAUGAUAUCAUGUUGAGAUUGAAUUGUUCACGCAUCACUAACUUAACUGAACAUAGACAAUUAGGAUCAUCUUCUAUCAGAGUAUGAUCCACCUUUUCUAAUUUACCCAUAGAUUACCCCAAAUGAACGGUUAACAUUUUCUUCGACAUUCAGCCACAUGGAGCUGACCUAUUUCUUGUUUGUUGACCCUUUUGAAACAAUGAGAAUGUAGCAUUAAGACGAUUGUUAGGUUGCUCGUGCAUCAUAGUUGGUUGGUUCAUUUGCUGUGCUUCUUAAGGUUUGUUGAAGUAAUGAUGAUGAUGAUAGUAAUGAAAGCAGUCAACUAUCGUGUGAUGCCUGCUUGCAGUUAUGCCCUCCUCAAAUGGCACCCAUGUAUAUCGAAGCGAGCGGUGGAUCGAGAGAGAUUAGUGUGAUUUUGAGUUAGAUUAUCAUUUUCCAGACCAGGUAGUUAUUUCGAUUUGUCACACUGAUAGUGAAUCAAUUUAGCGGGCUAGCACCAUAGCACAUUAUGCUUCUCGAGAAAGAUAGUUACCCCAUGAGUGAUAGUCACCUACUAGAGGGUAUAUGUAUUCAAGUUGGAAGUUUUGCUGCUUUUUAUCUGAGGUAAGUGGUAUCAUCUCAAACCAUCAAUCACCAUGACAAAGCAGAGUCUGCUCUUGUCAUUUUGCAAGGAAAGCGUGCUAUGUGUACAGUAAGCUUGAAAAGUAAAGUAUGGUAUGUGUACUGUAAGCUUGAAAAGUAAAGUGUGGUAUGUGUACUGUAAGCUUGAAAAGAAAACAUAGGGACAAGAAUAAUAAAUGUAAGCAAAAUAA